AUUACGACAGCAUCACGUAAACGGUCGGCGGUACGUCGGGUGGUGUUGGUGUUUAGUACUCAGCUUGCAGCUGCAUAUUUAUCAUACUUCUUCGCUCGAUCAUUCUGGAAAAUGGGCUUGCAUCGGAAGCACAACGAGCUGCUCAACGCCGAUCACUGUGAAGCCGAUUUGACAGCAACUGGUUCAUUGAUCGAAGGUUUUGCAACAUUUGGUGGUAAAGCGGUGGAAUUUUUUACUACUGAAUGGUACACUGAUCCACGUUUCAGGACGCUUAUCAACUGCAUUUUUGCUGGCUUCAUAACAGCGAUCGGCGAGUUUUUGUUCACCUAA